AUGCGAGGCAGACCCUUUUUCGCGACUUUGAUCGCUGCUCUCAACUCGCCGUUGGCUUUUGGAGAUAUACAGCCAGAAUGGGAAAUUGUCAAUCCGGCCGAGGGCUUAGAUCUGGUCUUAGGUACUGUUGUUUUCCACCAACUUAGAAUACAGGAGGCGCAGUCUUUGUUGAUGAGAAUUUCCGAUCCUACCUCCGAUCAAUUCGGUCAAUAUCUCGAUAGCCAAGCCAUAGAAGAUCUGUUCACUCCAAGUAAAGAGUCUCGACGAAAGGUGUUAGACUGGCUCGAAAGUGCGGGCAUCGCGAAGACUUCUGUACGGUUGCGAAAGGCAGCCGCCAGUAUGGAGUUCCCCGCCAGCAUCAGCCAGAUGGAAGACUUGUUGAAGACAAAGUAUCAUGUAACCCGGCAUUCAGAGACGGGCGAGCAACGGCUGGACAGCUCAGGCCACAAAAUCCCAAGAGGGCUGGAGGAUCAUGUGCACUUUGUUACAACAACGCCGUCUUUCCAGGCCGGCGCGAGGAAGAUGAGAAGAAACAUCAAUCCACGAGAAGCACUAUCACCGGCGCUCUAUGAGACACAGGACCCCGUGGACUUGCGCAACUGCAGUCUCAGCUGGACUCCUACUUGUAUCCGCGAUUUGUAUGGUAUUCCCCUUGGAACUAGGGCUGCACCAAACAACUCCCUUGGUAUCUUUGGAUUCGGCGAUGCCUACAACCAGGCGGAUCUCAACAACUUCUGGAGCAAAUACGCCAGUUUCAUCCCGAACGAAACCGAACCAACUGUCAACAAUAUCAACGGAGCCAAAGCGCCCGGCUCGGAAAUCGACGGUGAGGAGUUACUUGACCUGCAAAUGGCUUACCCUAUCGCAUAUCCACAGGAAGUGCAAAUAUUCCAAACCCCGUACAACAACGCUGGGGGUCUCGGUAACGACUUUCUAGAUGCUGUUGAUCCGGAUUACUGCAACUUCGAUGGGGGCGACGAUCCGAUCCUAGACCCAAAAUUCCCGGUGUUUCAAGGUUACCCAGGACCCGCGAUGUGCGGCACCUAUAACAUCACAAAUGUGGUCUCAAUAUCUUUUGCGAUAGACGAAUCGGGGCUGGGCGCACAUUACGUCCAGCGUCAAUGCAACGAGUGGAUGAAGCUUGCUCUGCGUGGUGUCACGGUCGUCGUAGCGGCUGGUGAUCGCGGAGUUCAGGGGAACUUUGGAUGCUUGCUAAACCCUCAAAACAGCACUGCGACCGCGUUCAACCCUCUCUUUCCCGGCAGCUGUCCGUAUGUGACGACAGUUGGUGCGACACAGGUCGAUUUUGAUGGAUCUGACUUUUACGAAGUUGCAGUCGACGACCCGAAACAUAACUAUUGGUCUGGAGGUGGCUUCAGUAAUCUCCUUGCCCAACCGGAAUAUCAACAGCAAGCCGUUGCCGAUUAUCUAAGGCUGCAUGAUCCUCGGUAUCCCGAGGGAACAUACAACUCAUCUGGACGCGCUUUCCCCGAUGUUGCAAUGCUGGGUGCGAACGUCACGCUCUCGGAUGGGAUGGAAAUAACGGUGAGCGGAGGUACCAGUGCAGCAGCUCCGCUGUUCGCCGCCAUGAUCAGCAGGAUCAACGACGAGCGCAUUUUGGCAGGGAAGAAGCCGAUAGGAUUCCUGAACCAGAUAUUGUAUCAGCACCCGGAAGUUUUCACAGAUAUCACUGAAGGGCACAAUCCUGGUUGCGGCACACAAGGUUUUGAGACAGGCGAAGGGUGGGAUCCGGUGUCUGGACUUGGUUCGCCAAAAUUCCCGAAACUGCGGGACUUACUUGUUGGAUUACCAUAG